CCCCCGCGAGCUGCGCACCGCCGGCCCGCUGACCCAGCGGCCCGCGCCCUUGUCCGCCCGACCCCGCGGCGGGCUCCAGGCGGCGGCAGCAUGAGCGGCGGCGGCGACGUGGUGUGCACCGGCUGGCUGAGGAAAUCGCCCCCCGAGAAGAAGUUGAGGCGCUAUGCCUGGAAGAAACGCUGGUUCAUCCUGCGGAGUGGCCGGAUGAGUGGUGACCCGGAUGUUCUGGAAUACUACAAGAAUGAUCACUCCAAGAAGCCCCUGCGGAUCAUCAACCUGAACUUCUGUGAGCAGGUGGACGCAGGCCUGACCUUCAACAAGAAGGAGCUGCAGGAUAGUUUUGUGUUUGACAUCAAGACCAGCGAGCGCACCUUCUACCUGGUGGCCGAGACAGAGGAGGACAUGAAUAAGUGGGUCCAGAGCAUCUGCCAGAUCUGUGGCUUCAAUCAGGCUGAGGAGAGCACAGACUCCCUGAGAAACAUUUCCUCAGCCAGUCACGGCCCCCGCUCUUCUCCAGCUGAGCUCAGCAGCUCCAAUCAGCACCUUCUCCGAGAACGAAAAUCCUCAGCCCCAUCGCACUCCAGCCAGCCAACCUUGUUCACAUUUGAACCCCCUGUGUCGAACCACAUGCAGCCCACCUUGUCCACCAGUGCACCUCAGGAGUAUCUCUACUUGCACCAGUGCAUAAGCCGGAGAGCAGAAAAUGCAAGGAGUGCCAGCUUCUCUCAGGGCACCAGGGCCUCGUUUCUCAUGAGGAGCGACACAGCCGUACAGAAACUUGCCCAGGGCAAUGGACACUGUGUCAACGGGGUCAGUGGUCAAGUCCACGGCUUCUAUAGCCUCCCCAAGCCGAGCCGGCACAAUACAGAAUUCAGAGACAGUACCUACGACCUGCCCCGGAGCCUGGCCUCCCAUGGCCACACCAAGGGCAGCCUCACAGGCUCUGAGACGGAUAACGAGGAUGUGUACACCUUCAAGACGCCCAGCAACACCCUGUGCCGGGAGUUUGGGGACCUCCUGGUAGAUAAUAUGGAUGUUCCAGCCACCCCACUCUCAGCUUACCAGAUCCCUAGGACAUUCACACUGGACAAGAACCACAAUGCCAUGGCCGUGGCCACUCCUGGGGACUCAGCCAUAGCUCCCCCACCCCGGCCCCCCAAGCCAAGUCAGGCAGAAACACCUCGAUGGGGCAGCCCUCAGCAGAGACCUCCAAUCAGUGAAAGUGGCAGAUCAGUCUCGGCCGCCGCCACCAUCCCCAGGCGCAAUACCCUCCCUGCAAUGGACAACAGCCGACUUCACCGAGCAUCUUCCUGUGAGUCCUACGAGUACCCCCAGCGUGGUGGAGAGAGUGCAGGCCGAUCUGCCGAGUCCAUGAGUGAUGCAGUCGGUUCUUUCCUGCCAGGGAAAACAGUUGUGGGCCGAUCGGAUAGCACCAAUUCCGAAGACAACUAUGUGCCCAUGAAUCCAGGUUCCUCCACCCUCCUGGCCAUGGAGCGAGCAAGUGAUAAUGCCCAGAGUGUCUACAUCCCCAUGAGCCCAGGUCCCCAUCACUUCGACCCGCUUGGCUACCCCUCUACCGCCCUUCCUGUGCACCGAGGCCCCAGCCGAGCAAGUGAGAUCCAGCCACCCCCUGUCAACCGCAACCUCAAACCUGACCGGAAAGCAAAGCCAACACCACUUGACCUGAGAAACAACACCGUCAUUGAUGAGCUCCCCUUCAAGUCACCUGUCACCAAAUCUUGGUCUCGGGCCAUCCACACCUUCAACUCCAGCUCCUCCCAGUACUGCCGCCCCAUCUCCACGCAGAGCAUCACCAGCACGGACUCGGGAGACAGCGAAGAGAACUAUGUCCCUAUGCAAAACCCCGUGUCUGCAUCUCCCAUUCCCAGCGGCACCAACAGCCCAGCCCCAAAGAAGAGCACCGGCAGCGUCGAUUAUCUGGCCCUGGACUUCCAGCCGAGCUCCCCAAGCCCCCACCGCAAGCCAUCCACAUCCUCCGUCACUUCGGAUGAGAAGGUGGACUACGUUCAAGUGGACAAGGAGAAGACCCAGGCCCUGCAGAACACCAUGCAGGAGUGGACAGAUGUGCGGCAGUCCUCAGAGCCUUCUAAGGGUGCCAAGCUGUGACUCAGGGGCCGCCCGGCACCCAGAGGGGCCAGGAGGCAGCGUCUCCAGAGCCGGCUCCUCCCCGUCUGUCUCCCCUGUCUCCUCUCCUGUUGCCCCAUCCCACCCACCCCCCUCCACUCUGCCACUCUGGCCUUCAAAGCACUUGACAUCAGGGACCCUGAACCCUUCCCCUGGGGGGUGAGGGCCUGAUUGAGGCACUUCCUCUGCCCACUCGGGGCCCACCUUUGAUUUUUAUCAGUAAUGGCCAUGCCUCUACCCACCUUAGUUAGAGCUAUUGCCAAAAAGCCUCCUUCAGCCUCUUCCUGCCCUUUAGACCUGAAUAUCUACCAGAUGUUUGGAGGGAGGGGCUGGGGCUCUGAGCCAGAUUCCACACCUCACACUCGGUCACAGCCCUCAGCCCUCUUCCCUCCCGCUCCUGGGCUACCUCUCCUUCAGUCUCGGAAGAAGCCAAGUUGCCUCACUGACCCAGGGAGCCAAGGACCAGCAGACCAAAGUGGACUUGGACUUCUUCAUCCCUGUCUGUCUUGGCAAGGGAGAGGCAAGGCCACCAAAAGAGGGAGGAGUCAAGAAGGAAGGUUAGAGGUGGUCUUGAGGGAUAAAGGAAUUAGGUCCCUAGAUGCAGAAGGGCAGUUGAUACCUGCAGGGUCCCCCACUCAGGCUAAGUGGCAGUGCAGCUGUUACCAGGGUGGGAGAGGCAGAAGGAUGAGGACAAAAGGAAGGGAAACUGAGGAUCAUGGGCAACCAAGAACAAGGAGAAGCAGGGCUCAGAGCCCAGGAGAUGGGGUGACAAGGACGCUGCGGGGUCGGGCCCCUGAAACUGUGGAGCUGCAAGCCCACUGCUGCUCUGCAACAGCAUGCAGUCUCUUCCCCAAGUCCCCACCCGCCUGAGUGCCGCACUGGAGAGGGCUGGACUGUGCUGGGCGAUGCAGCGUGCGGUCUGAGUGCCAGCACGGUGAGGGGAGGCUGGUGGGAAAGCAAUGCAGGGUGCAGGAUGUGGGAGGGAGGGAGUGUGGGGUGGACUGGAGGUGAGGCAGGGACCGAGGGGCAACGCUGGGACAGGAACGGGCUGGGCAGAGGCCCAGGGCAGUGCACGGACACUGCAGUGGCGACGGUGCAUAGGGAGUUUCUACAAGAUGGGGAGGCGCAGAGGUAACUGAUGGGAUGAGAGGCGGGGUGAAGGCCGUGGGGGGACAGUGUAGCAAGUGGGGAAAUACAUCCAGAGAACCUGGUGGAGGUCCCGAGGCAGUGCCAUGGAGAUGCAGGGUGGAGCAGAAAGUGAAGAAGUGGUGCAUCAUGUCAGGAGAGUGGUGUGCAUGGUGACAUGACACGAACUGGAUGGACAGUUCAUGAUAGGACUGGUGGAUGGCGGGGUAAAGCAGUGCAACGGGGAGAGCAGGGCAGAACGGAGCUAGAGGACACGUGAGAAGGGCCGGCAGCUACUGUGGUUUGGCUGGGCUUUGUGCCCGGUAUCAGGCCCAGAGUCUUUUCCCAGCUCUUCUCACCGUCUGUUGCUCCCUUGCAUCCCAGGUGCCUCACUGGACUCCAACCUGGCUACAGGGACAGGAGAGGCCAGGCCUCCCCUCUCACGGUUUGAAAGGCUAUCAGAUCAGCAUCGCCCUCCCCCAGCCCUGCCAGGGACAGAGGCAGGGCAGCGGCCCAGGCUCUUUCUCCUAAGCCAGGGAGGGAGGAUCUGAAGCUUUUAUGUUGACAGUUCUUGGCCAAAUUUUCAAGAGUUUCAGAGGCAACUGGGCAGACCAGAUGUUUCAUCCUACCCUGGAGUGAAUAGACUUUCUUCCUCAAAAAAAAUGACUUCCCACCAUGUGUAAUGGAGGUGUCUACUGCUCACCUUUCAGCUCCUGUGAGCACACGUGCACACACACAAAUGCACAUCUCACCUGCCCAAUGGCCUGACUAGUCUCUAAGAAGUCCCAUCCUGGGAGAAAUGCCGCUCUCCUCCUAGUAUUAGUUCAAAUCAACUCAACAAGCGUUUAUUAAUGGCUGCUGUGGCCAGGCUCUAUCUAGACUAGGCACUGAGGACACAGGAAUUAAUCAGACUUGGUCCCUGCACUUGAGAAGGUCACAAUUGAUGAGAAAACACGAGGGCACAAGACGUUGGUAAUGGCCGUGAGAGAGACUUAAAAUGCCGAUGGCCUGCAGAGGAAGCGAGGCCACUUCUCCGGGAGGUUGGUGCAGGGGCAGGGAUGGAGAGGGGUGCAGAUAGGGAGGGGGGCUUUAGGAAAAGGGGGGGGGGAUACCUGAGAUAGGACUUAGAGGAAGACGGGUCAGAUUUUUACAGGGAAGGAGGGCAGGGCCGAGGGGCAGUGGAGGAAGGAGGAAGAAGAGACUUGGAAAGCCUUGCACUUUGGGAACCAAAGACCUUUGGGAGCAUGCGUCCAGCCCCUUGGGAGCAGUGGGGCCCUGCCUCGGUGUCCCACAAGUGAGGCGGUAAUCGUGGCAGUGGCUGACACUGGGCGGGGUCUGCUGGUUCACUCUGCCCAGGCCUGACUUUGUCCCUUUAAGGCCUUCUACAAAGGGUCUCUAUGGCAGAGCUUUUCGUGUUCCCAGCCCCAGCAGCCUCCCUAUUGGCCCCAGGGUGCCCCAAUAAUGUCAGCAUUUUCUGUGUGCGCCAUGAUGUGAAUGAAACCGGUUAGAGUCAUCAGAGACUGAGGUGUCCAAAUCUAAGGCUUCCUUCCAGCUCUUGGUUCCUGUGACUCCCAAACCCUUAGGGUGGAGGUAAGAGCAGAGAUGGAAGAAGUACAAGAGGAGAGGAAACUGGCCUGUUGACCGCGGAGACUGGCUCACAAGCCCCCAAACUACUAGGGGUUUCGUACACACCUGUCAGCUCAGUGUACAACACUGGUCCUUUGGCCUCUCAGUGGGUCAGAGUCCACCUCUCCUGGUAGCCUGGCUAGGACUGAGACCCCGGAAUGGGGCCGUCUUCUCAACCAGCACGGCUCACACCAGAACUCAUCCUACCUGGGGCUCCCCAAAGGAGCCCGCUUCCUAUUCCAGCUCCACCUGGAAAGUAGAGCAGGAACAAGGAGAAAAGGACUGAGUGCUACAGGGAGACGAUGGCUCCUUCGGACCUUGGUUUGCCCGUCUGUGAAAUGGGUGAUUAGAUUAGACGGUCCCUGAGGCCCCUUCCGUGGCUGACAGGCAGCACCAAGAGCAUUAGCCAAUUAACCCAGUCCCCUCCCUAGAUUGAUUUUGGUAACUUCUACCUUUGAAACCAUUCAAAGAUGCCCCAUUCCUAGGACAGAAGCACAACCGUUCUGAACUGAUUGAAGCAUGGGCUCAACUCCAGUCUGCCCUUUGGCCUCUUGACCUGCCAUGGGGCUGAGGCCUCAGCCCCAAGCCAUGGCCAACCAGCCCUCCCCCAACCCACACCCCUCUGACAGAGCUCGCUAAGAACAGGACAGGAGAGAAAUCAGCCCUUCCUUCCCCUCUCUGGGCCUUCAUCUGCAAAAUGUGGGGGAAGCGAGGCUGAUCACGUGAGCGCCAAAGCCCUCUCCUUCAGGGGCCAUCCUUCUGGGACUCACCAAGCUCUUGGGGCCUGGGCCACGGCAGGCUGCCUGCGGAGGGGCUCCACUGGAGAUUCAGGCUGUCAUGUGAUAUUUGGUGGUGUGUGUUCUUGUGUGUUUGUUGGUUACAUGUGUCUUGAAAUUUAGAAUCAUUUCGCACAGAACUGUCGCUAUUUGUCGGGAAGCAAAACUGGGCUAGGAGAAGCCCAGUCCUAGGUUCUUGCCCUGUUACCAUUUAAAAUUGACAUUUAAUUUUUCAAAUCACUGUUGGUGCCUAAUCACUUAAGUUAUUAAUUUAUUCUGUUUUCUUUAAGAAAAAAAAUUUGUAACACGUAUUUAUCCUGUGAGUAGGUCUGGGGUUGGGGGGGAACAUGUUCAACUGGGUCCUGUUUUUGCUGUGGUGACACAUGGUACAGGCCUGGAGCUUACAGGUCCCUUUUUACUGUGGUGUUGGAGCAGGACAAUAAUAAAGUCCAUUAGAAGCAACCA